CGUUGCAAUUUUUGCAACUCACAAAACUUGCCUUUUUUUGUAUUAUUUACCUUUUGUUUACAAGUUACACACGAUAAUUAAUUAAUUAAGUAGUUGAAAUCCCUGGCAACACGGUACCUGCGAAAGAACGAAACAUUCCACGACCGAUUGCGAUUUUAGAUUAUAAUUAUUAUUUUGUACUGCCGUCUUCUCUCCUUAUUUCAUGUAAAUUUUGUACGAGUCAAGCCAAGGACCAAGGACCAAGGAUUAUUUGCUGAUGAGACGUUCGGAAAUCACUCUCUAUAGUAACUGUUCAAUUUAAAUUUCACAAAAGCCAACACGCAAUAUUUUCGGAGAAUGAGUCCAACUUGUCAAUUCGAAUUAUGAAGCCAGUCCAAUAAUCUGCAAAAAUGAGGGAAACCAUUGUUAUCGAGGAAAAUUCGUUACGACAACCAUAGUUGUAUUUACCAUUUAUCUAUGCAAGAUUCAAACAUGUAAUAGAUGAGCAAGAUAAAGAGAUUUCGGAUAUUUGUUGCUGAUUCACCGAAGAUUGAGGCUCAACAUUAUGACUUGGGCGAAAUUUGAGGUUAAGCACACAUGUUUUUGUUAUGACACUGCUGCCAACCGGAGAACGAGAUUCGCACAGCUGAUCGAAUGAAUUCUACGGACAGCAUCAUUUUGUUACGAUUAACAGCGUCGCAGUCGACAGCGACAAUGUUACCUAUUUCCUUAGUUAACUACGAUUCCCGAUGGAUGAGGAGGACGAAAAUCCUAAUUUUGAGGUUAUGUUGAAGAACGUCCAAUUUAGUCAGAAACGCUAAGUAGAUUAAUUAUUCGCACCUGAGGACUCAAGAAUGGACAUUUAUUGCCGGAUAGUCAUUGGAAUUACUGAAAAUAUCUACCAAAAACAUUAAUUUGGUUUAUAGUGAAAUCAAAUUUGAAUAAGUUACGCGCCACUUCCAGUAGCAGAAAAUUUCCGAAAAACAAUCAGCCAAUCAGCGAUCACCGUCAACACCUGAGAUUUCAUACACAUCGUCGUUAUCCAGUUUCCACUCUUUGUCAUUUCUCGGUUCUUCUUUGAUUUUUUUUUAUAUACAGAGAUACUGUAAAAACCGUGACGCCAGGCAGAAGCCAAUUAUUUUGUAAAUUAACAUAUUUUCAUUUUCCGAGAGAGGAGAAUUAAGUAGAUACCCUCUUCUCGUGACAAAAAUUUAAUUGGUCAAUUGUUAUAAAUUACUCAUCUGUAGAGAUACGAAAUUACCUCGCAUAAACAUGUCUGGAAAAAAUCAGAAUGACAAUUGUGUUCCCGAGACCGCUACGGACAUGAAAGAAACAAUCAAUCGAGCUCAAGAAGAACUUGCAUACUUAUUUAGUAUGACUACAGCCAUUGAGAACCAAAAUACCUGUUUGCUGAAGACUAUCGAACAAAUGAGGGAGGCAAUUAACGACAAAAUGGAGGAAAUCACGAGAUUGACUAGCGAACUAGAAAUUCAUCAGACUCUAUUAAACAAAAUCGAGUCAAAAUUCCCGGGUCUACAAGACAAUAUAGAUAAAAUUACGAACUUGCCGAUAGACCCAACGAAGAAGAAACUUAAAUAUACUCUUACCCUCGACGCCUACUCUCAGACGGAUAAGGAUGAAUCAGGACUGACAGGAGCUCACGCUUUACCGUUGGAUAAUCACGCGAAAGGCUUUAAUAAAACUCCUAAACCCUCAACUUCAUCUUCGACUCGUUUGGGAGAGAAAUCCAAAAUAGCUGAAUUCUCUAAAGAGGAAAUGUAUUAUGCGUUCCCGCCAAAUCCCGAACUUACUCUAGUGGAUAUAGGUAAAGAACUGUCUUUUAACAAUAAUCCCGAAGUAUAUGUCUUAAACGCAGUCUCAAGAAGGCGCACAGGCUGUUGGAACUGCGGGAGCUCAGCUCACUACUAUCCUGCUUGUGAUAAGCCGUUUGAGCGUAAAUUUUGCUACCAUUGCGGUUUGGAAGGAGUAAAAUCGUCCGAGUGUCCAUACUGUACUAAAAAUAUCCGACGCGACUAAGAUCGCCCAUCGUUAGAAUCCGAUAAUAUGUGAAUCGUGUAAAUCUUUUAUUUUUAUAUCGCUGAGACCUCUGAACACAUAUGUUGAGUAUUCAUACCUCUUUAGUUUCAAAAUUUCUAUUUUUUUGUUAGAAGAUUAUUCCAUUUUUUUGCUAUAUUAAUGAUUAAAACUUGUAUGAAACAAGACUAUCGAACCGUAAAACAAUCUAGAUACGUCCAAAUAUUGUUCAUAUCGAAGUAUAAUUGCUGAAAUUCCUUUUUUUUGUUCCAAUAAUAUCGAAGUAUAAUUGCUGAAAUUCUUUUUUUGUUCCAAUAAUAUCGAAGUAUAAUUGCUGAAAUUCUUUUUUUGUUGUUCCAAUAAUAAUUACUUGUCAACCUAGUUGAUGUUAAAAUUUCUU